AAGAGAAGAGAAGAGAAGCGAAGAGAAGAGAACCAGAUUCUCGACGGUGCUCUCUUAUUCGUGUUCUUCUUGUUCGUUGUUCCGAAAGUCCAAAGAAAGAAGAAGCGGCGAAACGAAAGGAUGUCCUACGACGACGUUGAGAUUGAGGACAUGGAGUGGAACGAGGAGUUUCAGGCGUACACGUACCCUUGCCCUUGCGGCGACCUCUUUCAGAUCACCAAGGACGAUUUGAAGCUCGGCGAGGAAAUCGCUCGCUGCCCUAGCUGCUCCCUCUACAUCACCGUCAUCUACAACAUCGAAGAUUUCUCCGAUCACAAUCGCAACAACAAACCUCUCCAACCUUCAAAUCCCCAAUCCCUCACCGUUGCUUGAAUUUUCAGGUGUCCUGGAACAAGUUUUGCCACAGCUUUUGACUUAUUGUAGCAUGCACAGGUCUUGCUUUGCACAUAGGAAUUCUUGUUAUUUGAAAUGAAAAGGGAGAGAUAAGCGACACCAGAGAUUAUAUAGUACAGACUACAGAAAGAGCCUAUCAUUUCUGUAUCAUUGUUAUGUGGGAAAUUAGCUUAAGCUUUAGUUAUUGAACUUGGUUGAACUUUUGAUAGGACAUCGAUUCUUAUAAAAUAAACCAUCAUUGGUAUAUUAUAAUCCCACGGCUAAGAGGAUGGAAUGUGAUUAUUUAUGAACCUUUUAUUUU